CUCACAGUCCUGAAGCCAACAUAUGAUACUGCGGUAACUGUUCAGAUAAAAAUGAGCUCGUAGCUCUUUUCCUACAUUUCCGGGAAUGUGAACUUCUUCCUGCUUAAAUACAAGUAUGUUUCGUUUGUAACCUCCCAUGCCUUAAACCGGUUUUACAGAUGAAACAUACGUCAACGUUUGCUACUUCUCGGUGGCUCGCAACCUUUAACUGUCCGUAACGUUAACCGUCUAAAUUUUCCGUAAUGAAAAGAAACGGCGCCUAUAGGUUUUUGUCAGUUUUCUCGUUCUUCGUUGUUUGCGCGUUCUUGCUUUUAUUUUGGUACUUUAUAUUUUACUCAAUGGUACAUGCACCUUAAGCUACAGACACACUUCUUUAGCCGCUAAGCUAAGCUGGCUAACUACUUACCCACACUGCACUGCUGUAUUGACAAGUCCUGUGAUCACAUGAUCAACUUGACCAGGAAGUAAGGAUUUCUGCUUAUAGUACUUGCGCUUCCUGUUAGGAAAGUUGUGAUGGCAUCUGAUACCAGUGAAGCAGCGUCCUCCCCUCCAGACAUCAAGCUGCAAUUUGCUCCGUUCAGCAGUGCUCUGGAGGCAGGUUUCUGGCACCAGCUCACUCAGAAGAAACUCAACGACUACAGAUUGGACGAAAGCCCCAAAAGUAUCAAAGGAUAUUACUACAAUGGUGACCCACUUGGUUUGCCCACUCGGCUCACAUUGGAGUUCAGUGCAUUUGAAGUGGAUGGCCCAACACCAGCCCGUUGCUGUCCAGCUAUUGGAACGCUGUAUAACACCAACACUCUUGAUGCCUUUAAGACCGCCGAUAAAAAGGCUCUGCUGGAGAAAGAGGCUUUGGAGAUGUGGGAUGCUAUACAGUCUGGAGCUGCAUUAAAGGACCCAUCCCUCCUCUGCAAAUUCAUCCUCCUGACCUUUGCUGAUUUGAAGAAGUACCAUUUCUACUACUGGUUCUGCUUCCCAGCACUCUGUUUCCCAGAGGGAAUAAAGAUUGUCCAACAGCCGUCCGCCCUAGAACAAGUUUUCUCAGCAAAACAGAUCACAGCCUUGCAGGAGGCCUAUGAUGUCUUGUGCAUCAAAAGCGGGACCACUGCAGUGCCAUACUUCCUAAUGAAGUACACAGAUGACACUGUACAGAUGGCUCCACUUGGAGACUGGGACUCAUUCUUCACUGAUACUAAGAAGGUUACUGUGGCCGUUUAUGAUCCGUGUACUCUGUCCCAACAUCCGGGCUGGCCUUUGAGAAAUCUGCUGGUCCUCUUAGCUAAUCGAUGGGGCUCUAAGCUGGACACAGUAGAGGUGCUGUGUUUCAGGGACAGAACUCUGCAGGGAAGCCGCUCCAUUCAGCACAGUGUCAUCUUUAAGAUAAAACUACCUGAGCUUGCCCUCAAUUCAGGAUGUCCUAAGAGUGUAGGUUGGGAGAAAAACCCAAAGGGGGCCAUGGGACCCAGGAUGGUCAACCUCAGUGAAUGCAUGGACCCUAAAAGGCUUGCAGAGUCAUCAGUUGAUCUGAACCUGAAGCUAAUGAGAUGGAGGCUGGUUCCUACCCUGGAUCUGGAUAAGGUGGUCACCACAAAGUGUCUUCUACUGGGAGCUGGGACUUUGGGCUGCAAUGUAGCCAGGACUCUUCUGGGAUGGGGAGUGAGACACAUCACAUUUGUAGACAAUGCAAAGAUCUCAUACUCCAAUCCAGUUCGACAGCCGCUCUAUGAGUUUGAAGACUGUCUUGGAGGAGGGAAGCCCAAAGCCAUGGCAGCUGUUGACCGCCUCACCAAAAUCUUUCCCGGUGUGAAUGCCGAGGGUUUCAAUAUGAGCAUCCCCAUGCCCGGUCACCCAGUGAAUUUCUCUCAGGCCACUCUUUCCCAGGCCCAGACAGAUGUUGAGCAUUUGGAGAAGCUCAUUUCACAACAUGACGUGGUCUUCUUGUUAAUGGAUACGAGGGAGAGCCGCUGGCUGCCUACAGUAAUAGCUGCCAGCAAGAGAAAGCUUGUGGUUAAUGCUGCUCUUGGCUUUGAUACAUUUGUUGUGAUGCGCCACGGCCUGAAGAAACCCAUUGUCAGUCAGAGUGUUUCUGCAGGGGCAGACUCCUCUACUUCCUGUUCUUCUGCGUCUUCUUCAUCUUCCACACCAGCAGGCUCGGCACCCUCUGUCCCAGGAUCCUCUCUGUUCUCAAACAUCCCGGGACACAAGCUGGGCUGCUAUUUCUGCAAUGAUGUUGUGGCACCAGGAGAUUCAACCAGGGAUCGGACUCUGGAUCAGCAGUGCACAGUCAGCAGACCAGGCCUGGCCAUGAUUGCUGGAGCCCUGGCUGUGGAGAUGAUGGUGUCCAUUCUGCAGCACAGUGAAGGAGGCUAUGCAGUGGCCAGCAGCAGUGACGACAGGAUGAAUGAACCUCCCACGUCUCUGGGUCUAGUGCCACAUCAGAUCCGAGGGUUUCUUUCGAGGUUUGACAAUGUCCUGCCUGCGAGCCUGGCCUUUGACAAAUGCACUGCCUGCUCACCCAUUGUCCUGGAACACUAUGAGAGGGAAGGUUUCAACUUCCUGUCCAAGGUUUUUAAUUCUUCCCACUCAUUCCUGGAGGACCUGACAGGGCUGACACUCUUACACCAGGAGACACAGGCUGCAGAGAUUUGGGAUAUGAGCGAUGAUGAGAGCAUCUGAAGGACUGGAGGAACAAACCCUGUGCCUCCAAAGGACGGAAUACUCCGAUCCUUCCAUUUCUGUCUGGUUUAGUCUUUUUUUUUUAAGGAAUCUCACAUUUACAGUGGACAAGGGCUUUGCAGGGAACAGUAGACACUGACAAAACUUAAGUAAUCUAGACCAAGCAUAUUAUAAAAAACUUCAUAAAAGAAAAACUUCAGCUGAAAGAAAAGCCUUAAAAUUGCUAAUAGUCUUCAUUUGGAUUCAAGAUCAACCAAAGGGAUGGACUUGCAGAAUAAAGCAGUUAUA